UGGAGGAGGGCGCGUGCGCGCGUGUUGGGGCGGCGCAGGGACUGCCGGUCCUGGUCCUAGUGGUGGCGUGAGCCGGAGUCGGGAGCGGUGGCCGUGGCACUGCUGGGAUGUCGCGCACGAUCACGUCUUCUUUGGACUGUUAACAUGGUAGCAGAGCUUCUGACCUCUUCCCACCCCUACUCUCCUUCCCUGUUAUUCAUCUGGGAGGAGCCCCUCCUAUCAACCUUCUGCAGUCACUGCUCUGUCUUUUUGGAGCUGUAUUGCAGCUUUGCCGAUUCCAUUCAGCGUUACUGCAGAGCCGGCAUCCACCCGGGCUGUCUCCAUUCAUUUUCUUCAGGAAAAACUUGACAGCAGGACCUGCAAGGUCAUUACCUGCAAGCCCCACUGUUCCCAGACCCUUAUGGAAGAAGGCAAUUUCCGCCAUGGUGGUGAGUGUGCCCCUGCUGUUUGGGCUCCGCUACGUCUUUGCCGACAAACGAGAAAGGAGGAAGAUGAGGCUUUUGGCAGAUGGCAUCGGACGAUUUGGCAGGUCUCUCAAAGUGGGACUGCAGAUCUCCAUGGAUUACUGGUGGUGCACGAAUGUGGUUCUCCGAGGGGUGGAUGAGAACAGCCCUGGCUACAUGGAGGUGAUGUCAGCGUGUCACCAGCGGGCAGCUGAUGCCUUGGUAGCUGGAGCCAUCCUCAACGGGGGCCUCUAUGUGAAGCUGGGCCAAGGACUCUGCUCCUUUAACCACCUGCUACCCCCCGAGUACAUCACCACCCUUCGCCUACUGGAGGACAAAGCCCUCACUCGGGGCUCCAGAGAGGUGGAUGAGCUAUUCAUGGAGGAUUUCCAGACCCCAGCCAGUGAGAUGUUCCAGGAAUUUGACUAUGAGCCUGUAGCAGCCGCCAGCCUGGCCCAGGUGCACAAAGCAAAGCUGAAGGAUGGCACAGAGGUGGCUGUGAAGGUGCAGUACAUUGACCUAAGGGACAGGUUUGACGGGGACAUCCACACCCUUGAGCUCCUGCUGCAGAUUAUCGAGUUCAUGCAUCCCAGCUUUGGUUUUAGCUGGGUCCUCAAGGACCUGAAAGGAACCUUGGCCCAGGAACUGGACUUUGAGAACGAGGCUCGAAACUCAGAGCGCUGUGCCAAUGACCUGAAGCACUUUCGCUAUGUAGUGGUACCACGUGUUCACUGGGACAAGUCCAGCAAGAGGGUGCUGACUGCUGACUUCUGUAAUGGCUGUAAGGUCAACAACGUGGAAGAGAUCCAGAAGCAGGGGCUCAGCUUGAGUGAUAUAUCAUCUAAAUUGAUCCGAGUAUUUGCUGAACAGAUCUUUUACACGGGCUUCAUCCACUCAGAUCCCCACCCUGGAAAUGUAUUGGUACGGAAAGGCUCAGAUGGAAAGGCAGAAUUGGUGUUGCUGGACCAUGGCCUCUACCAGUUCCUGAAUGAGAAGGAUCGAAUGGCCUUGUGCCAACUGUGGCGGGCCAUUAUCUUGCGGGAUGAUGCAGCCAUGAAGAAGCAUUCUGCUGAGCUUGGUGUUAAAGACUAUUUCCUGUUCUGUGAGAUCCUAAUGCAACGACCAAUUCAUAUGGAGCAAUUGUGGAAUUCUGGUAUGCUGAGCCGUGCAGAGACAGCCUACAUGCAGGAAAUGGCCAAAGAACACUUUGCCCGGAUCAUGGAGGUGCUGAAGGCCUUGCCCCGCCCCAUGCUGCUUGUUCUUCGAAACAUCAACACCGUGCGCUCCAUCACCAUGACCCUACAGGCCCCUGUGGACCGCUAUUUUCUCAUGGCCAAGAGUGCUGUGAAGAGCUGGAGCCGCCUGGUUGGUGAGCAGACUGAAGGUACCUUCUACAGACGCCUUCUGAACUGGAUCAAGGUCACAUGGGAGAGCUUCAAGUUUGAAACUGUCCUCAGGUUGGAAAUGUUAUCAAUGCACCUAACCUCCAUGAUCAUCAAAUUCCUGGUUUACUUUGGUGUCAUGCUUGAGCCUGAAGAGAUGUUCAAGAAAAUGGAGCCCUAUGUGGGCGGAUAGGUGGCACAGUGGAGAAAGCACUGGCCCUGGAUUUGGGAGGACCUGAGUUCAAAUCUGACCUCAGACACUUGACACUUACUAGCUGUGUGAUCCUGGGCAAGUCACUUAACCCUCAUUGCGUACCCCCCACCCCCCCUCCCAAAGAAGAAAAUGGAGCCCUAGAUCUGGGUGGCCCUAUCAUACCCACCCUCAGCUGCACAGAUUCACCUCCCUCAACAAAGAAACAAGGAGCAAGUAUCAGCCACCAGGGCAACAAGAUCAUCUCCAUCCCACCCACACAUCAAGUGGCCAAGAAUAGGGAGAUGACAGACAAGUGCCUGUCUACUUGCUCAGACUAAGGCAGGGGAGGGGCCCUUGUGACACCAAAUAAAGGAGUACAUGCAA